AUGGCGAUACAUUUAUACAAAACUUCUACCCCGAGCACACGCAAUGGAGCCGUAGACAGUCAAGCGAAAUCCAAUACACGAAAUACACGAAAGAAUUUGAUCUAUGGACAGCAUCGUUGUGGUAAAGGCCGUAAUGCCAGAGGAAUCAUUACCGCAAGACAUAGAGGGGGAGGUCAUAAGCGUCUAUACCGUAAAAUCGAUUUUCGACGGAAUGAAAAAGACAUAUAUGGUAGAAUCGUAACCAUAGAAUACGACCCUAAUCGAAAUGCAUACAUUUGUCUCAUACACUAUGGGGAUGGUGAGAAGAGAUAUAUUUUACAUCCCAGAGGGGCUAUAAUUGGAGAUACCGUUAUUUCUGGUACAGAAGUUCCUAUAAAAAUGGGAAAUGCCCUACCUUUGAGUGCGAUAUCAUCAUCUACACCCAGAAAGCCGUAUGCUUUGGAAGAAGCUUGUACAGUUUGGGAAGAGGUUUUGAUUGAUCAAAAAGAAGAAUCUACUUCAACCGAUAUGCCCUUAGGCACGGCCAUACAUAACAUAGAAAUCACACUUGGAAAGGGUGGACAAUUAGCUAGAGCUGCAGGUGCUGUAGCGAAACUGAUUGCAAAAGAGGGGAAAUCAGCCACAUUAAAAUUACCUUCGGGGGAGACAGAUACAAAAGGAAUUCAAGUGCAAAUUGCGGGACGUCUUGACGGAAAAGAAAUUGCACGCGUCGAAUGGAUUAGAGAGGGUAGAGUUCCUCUACAAACCAUUGGAGCUAAAAUUGAUUAUUGUUCAUAUGCUCUUCAGGCACUUGAACCCGCUUGGAUUACAUCUAGACAAAUAGAAGCGGGGCGACGAGCAAUGACACGAAAUGCACGCCGCGGUGGAAAAAUAUGGGUACGCAUAUUUCCCGACAAACCAGUUACUUUAAGACCUACGGAAACACGUAUGGGUUCGGGGAAAGGAUCUCCCGAAUAUUGGGUAGCUGUCGUUAAACCAGGUAGAAUACUUUAUGAAAUGGGCGGAGUAGCAGAAAAUAUAGCGAGAAAAGCUAUUUCAAUAGCAGCAUCAAAAAUGCCUAUACGAACUCAAUUCAUUAUUUCGAUAGGAAUAUAG